AUAUUUAGUGUCCUUACAAUUAAUUGCUGUAGUUGUUGACGAACCCCACAAAGAGCUAACCGUGAAAACACGACAAUGGCGCCAAACGUGGGGCAAAGUGAAAAUUGUGUUAAACGGUUAGGCUAGUUGCAAAAUCAAUCGGCAUCGCAUAAUUUAUUUUCAAUCGACGGAUCAAAUUUAAUUUGAAAUGUAAAGAAACUGUUCGUUUCAUAAAACUUGAUUUCUGUUGUUAACUUGUUGAACUCAGUGUUCGCCUAUUUUAAGAAGUGUGUAACAAACAGACAGCAUCGCAGUUUUUUUUCCAUUGUUGGCAUUCGCCGGCCGUGUUAUCAGUUGGCGAAAUAUUUCUUAAAAACGUGAUUGUCCAAUGCUUUUUGUAACAGUUUAAUUGCUUGUGUAAUCAACGGAUGGCCACGUGUUUUUUUAUUGGCAAUUUUCCCGUGAUUAGUUGGCGCGUAUUCUGUGCGCAGCAGUUCAUGAAAAACGUGUUUGGUUGACUGCUGUAUAUAGCAGUGUAAAUUGCUGAUGUAUCGGUAACUGAAGUCCGAGGUAAAAGAAGUUUACGGGCACGAGUUUUGUCCUUGGCAAUUUUAUUUAUAGCAGUGUUAUUGCGAAUGUAAACUGGGUCCCGGGAAAUUGGUGCUUAACGUCAAGUUAAAGCGACGUGUUUCUUAUUUUCAGUUUUUAUUGAUUAUUGAUAGCAACAACAGUGAUAGCGAUUUUGUUAAUUGGUUAUUGUUGGGCAAUUAAAUUUUAAUUGUCUACCAGUAGAUACAAAAGUUUUUAUUUCAGAAUUUCUCGGCCCAUUUAUUUUAGGUUGUUUAUUAAUUUAACUUUUUCAUAUUCACUUUUAAAUUUCUAAAUUUGAAAUGGAUAUGGGAAGUGGAUACACCCCACCAUUGUCACCGGUAGCCCCCAGGAAAGAGCGCGUGAACUUCGACACUCCCACUAGAUUAUGCAAUAUUCUGGGGGUGGGAAGACAACUGGCAGAGGCCAUUGUUGUGAUACGGGAAAAUACGGGAAAUUUGUUCCCAGAUAGCUUAGGGAAAAUUAUAGGGCGACGGCUGACCUUUGGUGACAUGACCGAUUUGGAUUUUAUUACUAACCCCGCAUUAUUUAGAGAAGCCCUGGGGUAUGGGGAUGGGGCGGAACAUGUUGGGGAGGGUGGAAUGGGGCGGUCAUUCGCAAAUAGGCCCAUGGACCCACACGAAAGGUGGAUAGAUAUGUCUGUGCUCGAGAAGGAGUCGGUAAGUCAGGAUCGCGAGAGGGCCCAACUCGAAGCCCAAAUUUCGGCUCUUGAGGCGGACGUAGCUCAAUGGGACGAUUUACUUCCCCAGUUUGCGGGGCCUUUGUUCCCCGGGCGUCUGAACUUCAAAUUUCCGCUCUGAGGGAUCCAAGCGAGGUAGAUAUGGUUCCAAUUGGGGCGAUGGGCCUUGGGUGGAAAGGCGGGACAUAUCGUGCCUUAAGUGUGGUGGUGUGGGACAUAUCCAGCGUAUGUGUCUUGAAAGUACUAAGCCCGUGGCCAAAAAUAAUGAGGUUUUGAGCCUCGAGAGGGGAGGCCCACAGCAUGCCAAGGACGUGCACGAUGCAGUUCCGUUGGUGCUGCCAACAGUGCCAGAUGUCGUCAGUGAUCCAAGGAUGGUCAUUGGCGAGAGCACUGAAGGAGACCAUGGGGAUUCUGUGUGCAUGGAUGCGUUUCGCAUACAACGGGUGGCGGUCCAGUCUGCCGAAGCAGCCAGCCGAGAGGCGGCGAGAAAAUUGGCGUUUAACAGGGCCGACCAGGUGGCGGCCGAAGUGGCCCAGGGAGAGGCGAUUCGCCAGGCAGUGGGAGAGGUGGCCAAACCGACCACUGGAGAUAAGGCCGAACCGACCGCCGGGCAUGUGGAUCUGGCUGGUGUCACCUUGGCAGACCGCCGGAACAGUGCGUCCGGUUGUUAUAUCACCGCGAUAGACCGUCGGUGCAGGGCGUCCGGUUAUGGCGUUACAUUGGAAAAAAACGCCGGAAGUGUGCGACCGGAUACGGAGUCGACACGGUUGACCGCCGAGGGGGCGGCGCAUUCGGAUACCGAGUUGCCCCGGACAAAAGAAGGAGGAUGAAUUUCGAAGGCCUGUUAGGCGUGGCUUAAGAGGGUGGCGACCCUCUAGUUCUCGCCGCUGGGAGCGGUCCCAGCGUUGGAAAUUAGGUUGGCGACCAGAGUGUCUAACUUCCAAAGUCAGUACCGCCUAAACUUGUAAAAGGGCGAGGUUAAUUGUUAGUAAAACUAGAACUAGAACUACUACUGGAAAACAAUUAAAUACAAUACCCCCCAAAUUAAACAAUUACAAUAAAUUGCAGUCACAUAAUACUAACAGAGGUAUGGUCACCUUAUUUCUGUGAUCUUCCUUACUACUUUGAUAUAUCUUUACUGGGAACUCUAUCUGAUUUGUGGUGUUGAUAAUGUAUUACGGUGUACGCAGAAUAACAAAAGUAGGAUUUCUAUUAAACAUUGGGAGUAAGUUGAUUAGAUUGUUUUGAAUAGAUAUAUGUCCUAUUGUCUCAGUUUAAGCCCAGGCUUUUAUCGCCAUAUUGUUGGAAUUUUAAAAUUGAAAUUAAUCUGAGCAGUGCUCUGCGAAAAGGGGGUUUAAUGCAUGGACAUAAAGUGUCGUCCCAGAUUAGCUUGUGCCGUCCGCACUUAACUUCCUGUAAUUUCUUUUAUAUGACAGCGCUUUAAAGUGCUUUGCACAUUCACGGAUGUGUUUGAUUAUUUCCCGUGAAGUGUUUUUUUUUCCUUGUGGUCGGGUGUGACAUUGUCGGACGACCGCUGUCACACCGCACCAACGGAUGUGGUAACUACGCAGAUGGUAAAUAGUAACCCGGUUUUCCCUGCAAUAUCCCAGUCUUGGCAACUCCGUCACCUUUUAGCCUACCAUGUUAAGAUUUGUGAAUCAAUCUUACUUCAAUCACUUCGUAAUUGCUGUAUCAUGUCAUUUAUUUCAGUAACUUCUAUAAAUGAACUUCUUUUCUACCAACAAUAUGCUGAGCAAUGUCGUAGAAUUUUGUCGCACUCCAUACUGUUUUUUUUUGUUUUUUUUAAUGGCCGGAAGUGGUAUUUCCCGGAGUUUUUCUUUUAAACAAUAUUUGCAGGUCUUUUGAUUUUUUUAUGUGACCAUGCUUGACGGCAACUGUCUCGUUGCAUCACUUUGAUUUCCUGAAUGGCCGGAGGUGUUUCCCGGUGCAUGUACACUUUAUUUUGUUUGUUAUUUUUGUAAGUAUAUUGUUUGUAAUUUUCGGAUAAAAGCCGACAAGAAUGUUUUUAUUUUAUAUACAGUCCACUCUCGUUAUCUCGACAUCGGAUAUCUCGAUAUUCUCGAUAUGUCGAAGUAAGCGCAAUGUCCCAACUUUUUUCCUUCUUUAUCUAAAUUAAUAAACAUCGCAUAUCUCGAUUUUCGUUAUGUCGAAUAAUUCGAUAUGUCGAUAUAAAAUUUUGUCCCGAGUCCCGAUUUUACAUGUUUUUACUGUGGUUUAUCUCGAAGUGCGAAUAACUGUCCCAAUGUCGGCAAAAGUCGAGAAAAUUUUUCUUUCAUACUUCACCGUCCCGCUUCGCCUGGCUGCUUACGAUACUGUGCGGGCGGUAGGAAAUUGAUCCGUUGAUUGCAUCAAUGAUCACACGUGUGUAAUGUCGUUAGCCAUUAACACUUGAGUAAGGCCUGUCACUUUAACUGUCACUUUAACAUCAAUUAACUGCAAUUAUUACACAGCCUGCCGAAAGGCCAACAUACAAUUGUUUUUACAAACUAGAUUCCAAAAUGCAUUGAGUUAUAUUUGUUGCGUAUAUAAAGCCCUCGUCUUGAUUGGACGUCAAUUGCAUCAUAACAUUAAAUAGCAACAUUACCGGAUGUUUACUCGACAGUUUAGAAAAAUUAUAACCGCAUGUGUUCAUGCAAUUCUGUAAUACUUAAAACGUCAUUUUAAGAAUUUAAAUAGAAUAAAUAAUCGUGCCUCGUAAAAAUGCGUUUAUAUCAGGUAGAGAGUAUUAUGCCACACGGUGACGGCUUUAGUUAGACCACUUAGAAGGUAUUUUGAUGUUAAAACAAGGUAAAUUUUCGUCUCAUUUUUCUGUAAACGUCUAAUCGGAUAUCUCGAACUCUCGUUAUCUCGAUAUUUGUUCUUGUUCCCGCCGACUUCGAGAUAACGAGAGUGGACUGUAACUAAUAUGAUGGAAUUUUAGAUAUCCAUAAGAAACAAUAUUGUUUUUUAACCACUAGAAUGCAGCGGUAUGUAUGUAACCCGCUAGGCGAAGGCACUCCUGUGCCUGCGGGAAGGGGGAGAUCAUGGUCCCAUUUGAGUCUCUGUCUCUUCUGCCUUGGGUGCGACCGUACGAUUACCAUGGGGGCGGUGGCCCAAGAGGAGUAAACUGGGAGGAGAGUGUACUGCCGGGCACCAGUUGUCUGUCUAAAAUAUUGUUAAAGGGUGGGGGUGGGUACAAUAGUUUUUUUAUUUUUUAUAUUUAAGUUGUUAAGAUUAUGCUGCAAAAUGUACUUAAUCUGUAUAAAGCAAUUAUAGGUAUUAUACUUGGACAAAAAUAAGAUUAUUGUUAUUCUUAUACUUUUAACCUUUUUGCCACUUAGAUAUGUAUGUUAACGCAUUUGUAGUCCCUUAGUUAAAUUUCUUGUGAUUUUAUUAUAUAACCAACAGGAUUUUUAUUAUAGAUUAUGCAGUUCCAUGUGGGGGCGAGGGCCUUUUCAUGUGUGCUGCAAGGCGGAUGUAUUUAUUGGCAUUUAUUUUAUUGUUAAAGUUGGUGUAAAUAUGUUGUAAGGUGGAUACUCCUGUCCAUUGAUUGUGUGGACAAGAAAAUGGCAGUAGUUACAGGACCUUGUUUGGAAAAUGACUUUUUUGUUAGGGCAUAUAAGGAAAUAACUUUAGUUGUAGUCUAUUGCAGGCGUUGCGCAAACAGAGAGGUCGGACGAAAGCCGGCCGGCAUGCAGACCUAACUUUGAGGUGUUAGGUCAAGGUGCUUACGCAAGGGGCACUAUUACUUCAUCGGUUGCGCCGGUACGAUUCCUUCGCUGUGUGGCGUCGUCCCAAAAGGAGAAAAGUGGGUGAGUGUUGUGCCGGUGCCCGGUCUAAAAAUGCGCACAUACCUCGUGAUUGGGAACCAGCGACAAAUCGGUAUAUUGGGUAGCACGAGAUAAUACGGUCUCAUGUGCACGGGUGAUUGAUGCGAGUGGACGUGUUUUCCCUAGCUGAGUAUUGCUAGGAGUAAUAUAUGUAUCCCGGAAAAAGCAACUUUUUAGAAAAACCAACUAAUCUGCUGGUACAAAUAAACAUGACCCAUUUAUAAUCCUUUCAAAAUCACACACCGUAUCAACCGUUAUUAUUUAAAGUAAGCUAUUAUUGGUUGAUGUAAUGAACCAGCGUUGUUUGUACCGGGGUGAUAAGUGGGUUUUUCUAAACUCGUGCUUUUCCGGGAUCAGUCUAUUGUGAGCCUGUGAUUGCUUAUGUUAGCCUGUGGCUGUGUGUGAAGUGCCAUUCUGUGACCGUGUCAAUAAUACGUAUUUCUCUGGAAGGCCAUUCCCAGAAGGUAUAAGUUCCAUUCUGUGACGUGCAACCGACGAGCCGACGAGACGAGCCGACGAGUUCCCUCGAAGACGACGAGGACGAUUGGUGCCAUCCUGACGAGCAUUCCAGUAGAUGCCAACGAGAUCUUCAACCCAAUGGAGCAACUGCCGAUGGAAGAGGAGAGAACGUUGUUCCACGAGUCAGGCAUGGUGUCUUCCGUCGGACAAUAGACACUGCAAUUAUCCGCCUGCAGGCGUUGAGGAACCACGCUGUUACCCAGAAUCAAGAAGAGGAGCUUCUGCAUGCCCUGCCUACCCUCUUGGCCAGGACAGCUGCGGCGCAGGUUAGGCAGCCUGAACCUGCUUCGGCUGCUGAAAGGCGCGGCCCAAUCCGUCGGAGCGCACGUGAUCGACGCAGAACUGACGACGUGAGUGCGCUGAUCACAGCAUUAGACAAGCCGACCUACACCUCAACGAAUCGGGUGGUGUUACGGGAACUGACAGCAAAAGGUCUAGGUCGACCUGAUAACCGGCCAGUGUCCCUCUGCAUCGAAUGGGAAGAGGAGGAGCUCGUCCACCUCAUCAACGAGAGGUAUCCGGUGCUUGCAGGCAAGCAGUUUAUGGUAAUGAUUGGUGCUGCGCGGAAUCGGCUCCUCCCCCUCGCCCAACUUACUACCCGUCACAUAAAAGACGCAAGACCAAGUAGACUGGCACGCCUCUGGGUCCUCCCAGCAGAGGAGGUCACUGCAGCCGCUGAGACUGUGACAGUUACACCAAGUGAGGUCAUGGCAACUGAGGCUGACGAGCCCACCAUACAGGCAGCAGCUGAGACUGUGACAGACACACGAAGUGAGGUCAUGGUAACUGAGGCUGACGAGGAAGAAGAGCCCACCAUACAGAAUGGAUUCUACGAGGCUGGUACGCCAACAAUUCUUUUCCGUACUUUGCCAAUGAGCAUGCUGGACGCUACACGGAGCCUACUACUUGCUUCCAAUGAGGAGACAGAUGCUGAAGUACCAGAGGAAAUCCCUGAGGUGAACCUCAGUAACAACAUAGACCCAACUUCAGGCGUACCAUCCCUAGGUGAGACCAUCAGGGAGCAUGCGAGCCUCUUUAUCAGUCAGGAUAUGGAGGAUCCUUUUCACAUAGAGGUGCGAAGGAGCCAUGUUUUUAGGGACGCUCUUCAGUCAAUUCGUUUUGCUCAAGGGGACCUCCACAGCCCUUUACGGCUGACCUUAACUGGAGAGGAGGGUGUUGACCUUGGGGGUCUACGGCGUGAAUUUUGGUCGCUGUUCCUGAACCAGGCCACAAUGUCCUCACUCUUCACAGGCAAGGCUGGCCGCUUGACUUUAGCCAAAAACUACAUUGAGCUGAAGCGGGGCACCUUUCGCCACCUUGGGCAGCUUGUGGCCCUCUCCAUCCUCCAAGACGGGCCUGGACUGCCGAUUUUUGCUGAUGUUGUUGUCAACCACCUGCUACAGGAGAGUCGGUCUGGAUAUAGAGGACCUGCCAGACAGUCUUGUGAAUUCACUGAAGGAGAUGGACGAUUCACCAGACCGGGAGCUGGCAGGCCUCUACAGCAACCUCUUUGAUGAGGCUUGUGCAGCAGGAUUUAGCCUGCCAACAAACCGGUUCAGCAGGGCUCAUAUCCCGCUGCUGAAAGGCGCCUUUGUUGAAAACCUGCUGGGAGGUUGCCGGGCAGAAAUGGAGCAAUUCAAGGAAGGUCUGCAGACACACCAGAUCCUAGAUGUUCUGCAGGGUAACAAAGAUGGGGCCUUCCUCUUUCUGAGUGGCAGGAAGAAGGAGGUCACUGCAGCAGCAGUCCGCGAUCUGCUGCAGUUCAACUACAGAGAAGGAAACCACAGG